AUGAGGACGGCAGCCUUCCUCAUCCUUGGCCUGCAGAUUAUUGCAAUCCUGACUGUCCGCCCGAGAACCAAGCCUGUGCCUAAGAGGAUGCCCACCGGCCGUUUCGCUGCACCCUUCACAGAGUUCCCGUUUGUCCUGUUGCUGCUGGGCGUCUUGGUCCUAACCUUUGGCAUAUUCAUCCCUCUCGACUAUCUGGCUGUGCAGGGUUUUCAGGAGGCACACAUGUUGGAGGAGAUGGCGCAAUACUUGGUAUCCAUCUUUAAUGCCGCAAGUCUCUUCGGCCGUCUGGGUGCCGGUUACGGUGCAGAUCGAAUUGGUAGAUGGAACAUGUUUAUUAUCGCCUGUACUGUUUCUGGAAUCUCUGAGUUCGCUGUCUGGAUCCCCGCCAAGCACUUGUCCAUCGUUGUCGGAUUUGCCAUCAUGUUCGGCUUUGCGUCAGGAGCCUUUAUCGGGCUUUCCGGCGCCCUUCCCAUCUCGGUGUCCCCCCCGCCGGAGAUGGGCUACCGGCUGGGCGUAGUCUUCCUCGCUGCCUCGAUCCCCGCCCUCACCAUGGCGCCCAUCGGGGGAGCCAUUCUGCAGAAUUCGGCCAACGGCUGGCUGGACGUGAAGAUAUUUGGCGGCUUCAUGUGCCUCGCUGGGUCGGCGAUUGUUCUACUAUCGAGGUGGCUCUAUACCGAGAAGAGAUUUUUCAAGAUUUUCUAA